AUGAGAACACCGUUCUCAGUCUUACUGGCCGCUGCGUUUCUCCCUUCGCUGGUUUGUGCUGAUGUGUUCAGCCUUUCGGACCUAUCGUGGUCAUUGAGCAACGAAAAUGGUUCCAUUGUAGUCCCGGGGUCGCUUCCUUCGCAGGUUCACCUUGACCUCAUGUCGGCGGAUAUCAUCACAGAACCGCUUCUAGGAAUUAACGGUAAGCUUUGCGUGCUUCUCGCGGAUAUCUCGCCCUUCCUCGCUUCUCCUGCUCAAUCCUCGUCAGAGAGAACGUUGCUAGUCUUUUACGGGAUCGACACCGUUGCGAACAUUUCGAUCGCCGGAAGACCAGUCGCAUGGGUUGCCAACCAGUUUCAGACAUAUGUAUUCGACGUUUCUGAUGCAUUGGUCUCUCCCACACAAAACAACACCAAUCUCACUAUUGCAUUCGAGUCCGCCUGGCACUACGGUCUUAAUGUGACAGCAAGGAACGAUACCGAGGUUUUAUUCAACACUCUGUCCGACUUUGAAUACCCGGAUGCCCGAAAUUGGAUUCGUAAAGUUCAAUCUGACUUUGGAUGGGAUUGGGGCCCCGCUUUCGUCCCAGUGGGAGUACACAAGCCAGCCUACUUCAUCACACUCUCGGGCGCCGUCAACAAUUCCACGUCGGACAGCACGUCGAGCCCCACGCCACUGCUAAUCUCGGAAUCCUCUAUCGACGUCUUCAAGCAAGGUUUCGAGGAUGUAACCGGCAACGAUCCGGAUCAGAGCGCUCCUUGGAAUCUCAACAUCAGUCUUGCGGUGCACUCUGCCAUUGGCAUCCCGUCACCUACACUCACACUCUCCAUUGCGGAGCUCAACUUGACAUCUGAUCCGAUCAUUCUCGACAGCAUACCUGCUCUCAGCUCUAGUUCUGGCACGACCCUCACGCCGACCUGGUUGAUCGCGAACUGGACUGUCGAUGAUGACUUGGUGGAGCGAUGGUAUCCUCACAAUCUCGGCUCGCCGAAGCUGUACAAUCUGACGCUCACCAUGGACCUCGCUGUCGACGGGCUAGAGAAGAUCUCUAUGAACACUCCAGUCGGAUUCAGAACCAUCGUAUUGAAGCAAACGAGAUAUCCGGACUUGGAGGUCGCCACACGUGGGAUAACACCGGGGGAUGAAUGGCACUUCGAGAUCAAUGGACAGGCAUUUUAUGCAUUGGGGACGAAUAUAAUACCGUUCGACCCCUUCUACGCGAGAAUCACAGACGAGCAAGUGCGGUGGGUCUUAGAGAGCGCGGUGGCGAGCGGUCAAAAUAUGCUACGGGUAUGGGGAGGAGGCGUCUACCAACCCUCUAGUACCAAUGCGGCGAUAACCCCGAACUAUCCGCCACACUCCGUCGAUACCUACUCGUUCUAUGCUGUGACCGACGAACUCGGGAUCCUCGCUUGGUCCGAGUUUAUAUUUUCGGACGCGCUCUAUGGACUGAACGACUGGUUCCUGGACUCAGUCGAUGUCGAAGUUCGACAGAACGUCAGAAGAAUCAACAAGCACGCUAGUAAUGCACAGUGGGCCGGAGGAAAUGAGAUUGAGGGGAUUGUUCAAGGGGUGAACACUAGUGCUCUGCUUACGAACGGCACUCAUUACUUGGAUGAGUAUGUCGCUCUUUUCCAAGAUUUCCUACAUGACAUAGCGUACUCGGAAACGAAUUCGGUACCGUACACAGAUUGCUCGACUACCCACGGCGUCCUCAGUUUGGACCCCCUCGUUCUCAGAUUCGCAAACGGUACACCGGGCGAGAUAUAUGGCAAUAGCGAACGUUACGUCUACGAUGCCUCGCAAGCGUUCAAUUACAGCACUUUCCCUGUGUCAAGAUUCGUCAAUGAAUUCGGAUUCCACUCCAUGCCAUCCUUCUACAGCUGGGAGGAGGUUCUCCUCUCUCCAGAUGACUUCACAUUCAAUGGGACCGUCGUUGCAUCGCGGGACCACCAUCCACCAGCAGGCAACCUCUCAUGGCCGAAUCCCAAUGCGCCACAAGGACAGUUUCAAAUGACAAGUGGUGUCGAGUUAUGGCUACCUACUCCAGAUACAGAAAAUUCAAACCAAACGUUUGCACAGUGGUGCUGGAGUACCCAAAUUUUCCAGGCCAUGACGAUGGAGUCGCAAAUUGCUUGGUAUCGUCGUGGCGCUGGACUGGGAGAGAAUAAUCUCGGGGCACUCGUUUGGCAACUGAAUGACAUAUGGCAAGGUGUCAGCUGGUCCAGCAUCGAGUACUCGGGGAGAUGGAAGGUCUUGAAUUACAGGCUCGCCAGCAUCUACCAACCCAUCGUUAUCAAUCCAUUCUGGACGCCCACCAACGAGUCCCUCGAGAUCUUGGUAACAUCGGAUCGCUGGGAAGAGGUCUCCGGGUCUGCAUCCUGGACGUGGUAUGACUGGUUGGGCAAUGCUCUAGACAGCACAACAACCAACUUUACGGCGCCCUCCUUGAAUAACUCCGUUCUAUUCAAUGCGCAGGGACUCACGGAUAUCUUGCCCUCCAACACGAGCGUAGCCGAUGUGUGGAUGCAUCUCAAUGUGACAGCCCAAGUUGGCAAUAGUACGGUCACGAAUGAGCAAUUUUUCACACCGACGUCUCUGGCGGCUGUCAACCUUCCUGAUCCUCAGAUCAGAAUGACACACAUCGGAAACCUUACCUUUACUCUUUCGUCACAGGCCGUGGCGCCUUGGACGUGGAUAGAUCACCCAAGCGGAACGGUGGGCUUUUUCGUGGAUCCUGCCACCGGUUUGGCGGCAAACGGGUUCUAUCUUGUUCCUGGAAUGAAUCGAACCGGUCAGUACUGA